AGCAGACAGUGUGGGGGUAUUGGACGAGCAGAGCGAGCUGAGGGGAGGUAGUAGAGUGUGUGAGGCUGUCAGACGGCGUGCUCUGGUCUGAGGACGCCACAGGAAGACGCAGCAGCCUCCACCUCUCCAUGUAGACAUCACCUGGACCGGUGCACCACCCAGCAGAGGAAGGAGGAGGAGGAGGACGAGGGGAGGGUCUGUUGAUGUUUUUUCUUUUCUCACUUGUUGUGGUUUGGGGAGUCGACCGCAUGCAUGACACAACGCAAAGGCGAGAAACCCACCAUCAGCAUCCAGGAGCACAUGGCCAUUGACGUGUGCCCCGGCCCCAUCCAGCCCAUCAAGCAGAUCUCAGACUACUUCCCCCGCUACCCGCGGGGCCUCCCCCCUGCUGCGCCCCACCAGGUGGGCCACGCCGCCGGGCCCCUGUCCUCUGCCCUCUCCGCCUCCUCGGCCACCGCCGCUGCAACCGAAAGUGACCGCACCAAUGAGGAUAAACCGGAGCGGGCUUGUGCCGGAGCCUCCGCCUCCUCCAGGAGGGACGAGGAGCCCGACGUGGAGGGAUACGACUCGGACGACUCCACUACGUUGGGGACGCUGGACUUCAGUCUGCUGUACGACCAGGAGAACAAUGCGCUGCACUGCACCAUUAACAAAGCCAAGGGACUCAAGCCGAUGGACUACAAUGGGCUGUCUGACCCUUACGUCAAACUGCACCUGCUGCCAGGAGCCAGUAAGGCCAACAAACUACGAACCAAGACGCUGCACAACACACUCAACCCUGUGUGGAGCGAGACCCUGACCUACUACGGUAUCACAGACGAGGAUAUGGUCCGAAAAACACUCAGGAUCUCAGUGUGUGAUGAGGACAAAUUCCGCCACAACGAGUUCAUCGGGGAAACUAGGAUCCCUCUGAAGAAGCUGAAGCCCAACCAGACCAAAAACUUCAACAACUGCCUAGAGAAACAGUUACCUGUCAACAAGACCGAGGACAAGUCCCUGGAGGAGCGAGGACGCAUCAUGAUCUCUCUCAAGUAUAACACCCAGAAGUCGUGCCUGGUGGUGGGCAUCAUACGCUGCGCCCACCUCGCCGCCAUGGACGCCAACGGCUUCUCCGACCCCUACGUCAAAACGUAUCUGAAGCCGGACGAGAACAAAAAGUCAAAGCACAAGACGGCUGUGAAGAAGAAGACGCUCAAUCCAGAGUUCAACGAGGAGUUCUGUUAUGACAUUAAAUAUGCAGACCUGACCAAGAAGACCCUGGAGGUGACCGUGUGGGACUACGACAUUGGCAAGUCCAACGAUUUCAUAGGCGGCGUCUCUCUGGGCAUCAAUGCAAACGGCGAGCGGCUCAAACACUGGUUCGACUGCCUCAAAAACAAGGACAAGAAAAUCGAGCGCUGGCACACGCUGACCAAUGAGCUGCCUGGUUCAUUGAACGACUAAACAUCCUGUCGUCCAAUCAGAUCGGACUCCUGCCUUCAUGUCCCUCCCCCCCGGAUCCUCCUCAUGUUGCGGCUCCUCUACAGGAACAUGUUUCCUCUGACAGGGCUCAUUUAUCCGACCUGGUGUUUGUGUUCACAUGUUCAGGACCAGAUUCUCGGCUGCUCGCUCGUUAUUACACCAGGUUUGUUUAAUGAUCAGUGAUCAGUGAGAUCAGCACGAGCAGCUUUCACACGCUCACAGAGAGGAGAGAAAACCAACGAUGUAGCAACACUUCAUACUGACGAGUUUACAGAAACAUUAGAGGAAUAAGUGUCGUCAGGAGCAGCUGAAUAAACCAAUCAGAUGUUCUGUUGAAGAUGUUGCACUUGAUGAUUGUCGAGUGUUGUUGCAGCGUCGGUCUGCUGCUGUUCAGCUCUGACACUCAGGAUCAGUUAGCUUCUCCCUCAGUUUGAGUCACAUGACAACAAAGUCAGAAAAACACCAAACCUCCUUUAAAUACUGGACAUUUUAAGGCCUCAGGACGCUUCAUAACCUGUCACCCGCUGCUUCGACAGACCCCUGACGGCUGCAGGCAUCAGAAGCGAUGGGAUGGAGGAGGUGGAGGAGGAGUUAUCAACAGCUGCCUGUAGUUCGACUCUGUGGGGAGACUUUCCAACUCUAACCAGCUGGGUCUUUUACCAGAACCUGACAGAACAUCAGCUCAGAACCUGAACUCCUGCACCUCCUCCUCCUCUCGACACUCUGUACCUAAAAGUUCAGUAUUUCAACUUCAUCCACAGUAGUGAAGAUCAGAGAGGCUGAAUCCCUCUGGACCUCAGUUCUCUAUAAUAAUAAUAAUAAUAAUAAUAAUAAUAAUAAUAAUAAUAAUAAUAACAAAUUAUUCAUAUUGAUGAUAAGUUCUUUGUCGUCUUGUCCACAUUGCAGUGAAUUAUGGGUAAUUUGAUCAGUGAAGUCCAUUCAAGGCCACGCCUCAAGUGGACCUUCUGGCCGUCAGCUGGUGGUCCGGACUCGGAGAGAUCUGAGACGAGCAGCUUGUUGAAGUGUACUGAGGCCUUCAGUCCAGUCCGCUGCAGCGCAGGAGAACCCAACCAGAACCAGCUCACAACACAACAUCUAGUUUAGGUUCUGUUAGAGGACGUGAGGAGGAUGAUGCUCAUCUGUCAGCAGGCAGCACCCCCCGUCUCCCUGAGACCACCAAUCAAUACUGAUCAACAUGAGACAGGUGUCACAGCAACACCUGGAUCCACAGAGCUGUCUGUCCUCACAGCUGUCUGUCUGCAUUCUGCUGUCUGUCCUCACAGCUGUCUGUCCUCACAGCUGUCUGUCCUCACAGCUGUCUGUCUGCAUUCUGCUGUCUGUCCUCACAGCUG